GAUGUUUCAAAAAAGCCGUUUAAGCUUCGCGUUUCUGACGCUAAUAUCGCUUUUUCACAAAUCCACUGCAAUAAAAUGCUUCAACUGUAAUAGCGCCAAUAACUCAGCUUGUCUGGACGUUAACGAUAUCGAUCCUGAAAUGCGAGGAAUCAUUAUACCGGUGGUCCACUGCGAAACAGCGAUACCUAAUCCGGUUGCUCAAAACUUCUUCUGCAGGAAGAUCGUCCAAACUAUUUACCAUCCUCAUCACGACUCCGAGAUCCGCGUGACGAGGAACUGCGCCUGGGUCCCCGGUGAUAAGGAAUGCUACACCGUUUACAACAGCGACCAUGCGGAGAUAGUGUGUCAGUGCUUCGCGGACUACUGCAACAGUGCAGACAGUACCGAUCCCACGUCCGGGACGAUACUGUUCCUGGCUUUAGCAGCUUGCCUAUAUUUCUAUCGUUAG